AUGGGGAGUACUCACUCUACUGUGGCGAAUCCGGCAAGACACUUUGUCACCCUUGCAGCAUUCCUGAGCAUCAUAUGCGUCCUCACCUGUAUCUUUUCCCAUCUGAGGAUUCGAGCGGAGGACAACCUUCAGGCUUCCACCAGUGGUGACCACAACUACUGGACUCUCUACGAAGGUGACAUCACAGUAUGGAACGCAUUGAUUUCAAAUGCCUACCCACACGGCAGGAGUCUCGACCUUAUACACCAGGGAAAGCUGGCGGUCUUCAUGGACGUGCUAACUGGCAACCAGAGCAUUGCGUUCUCAGGCAAUAAGAAUCUUAUGCAGACAAACGUAGCGUCUUUGGUACUGAUCCGCACAGUUCCGGUGAUUGAAACGCAGGGAGAAUGGAAGUGGAAGGAGGUUGCCGAGGAAUCCAACUACGCGGAGAUUCUCAGCUCGAUCCAGAAGGUUGGCUACGAGGCUAUCGAAGUCCUCUUCCACCUCUGUGUUCAGUCAUAUAAUAUCCGCGUAGACAAAGGCAAACAAACCACCACCGUAGCGAACUCUAUAUCGACACCGACUGAAUCUAGCUCCGGAAUCUUCAUGGACUUCACAUGCGCCGACGUCCAGGAGAUCAACUAA